AUGGCGCCAGUUGCCCACGAGACACCGACGGGGACGGACGUGCGGCGCUGCGCAGCUCCCAUUUCUCUCUUGACUCUUGAGACGUGUCGCCGGAAGAUGAUGGGCAGUGAGGCGCCCCGCACUCAGUACUUCAGUCAGCGGACACCCGUUAAGGAACCAAUUAACGUGAUUGAACGUAUCAAGUCGCUGUAUAUGACAGGCAAAUGUUCGGACCUUACCAUCCGCUUCUCCGGCCGUAAGGAGACCAUCCAGGCUCACCGGCUGAUUCUUGCCAUGAGUUCGCCUGUGUUUGAGGCUGAGCUCUAUGGCCACAAAGCUGUGGGGACGGAGCUUACUCUGACGGACUCCGUGGAGGCCUUCCAGUGGUUGAUGGAGUACAUGUACUCUGACAGAGUACACUUUCCUACUACGCCCAUGGCCUUGGAGGUCAGUCAUCUGGCCAGCAAGUACGAGAUGACCGUCCUCAAGUACAUAUGCUCAGAAUACUUGUCAAACGCCUUGAAUGAUGCCAACUAUCUUAUGGUAUACAAUGCUGCAGUACAGAUGAACAUCUCCGACCUCAUCAACAAGUGCUCACAGAUAAUGGAGGGGUCCUCGAGCAGUGUGUUCUGUAAGCAACACAUCACCCAACUGAGCCGGUGGGCGCUGAAGCAUCUCUUGGAGCAGCCUCAUGCCCUUGUCAACGAGGUCACUGUCUUCAGUUCUCUGAUCACAUGGGCGCAGCAUCAGCUAGAGUUGCGGGGGACUAAUUGUACACCGAGCGACCUGCGUCAGGAGAUGAACGACUUCCUGCCUCUGGUGCGGUUCCUCACUAUGACCACCGACGAGUUCGUCGAGAACGUCGUCCCCACCGAGGUCUUCACCCUGGAGGAAACGUGCGCCAUCUUGAGGAACAUGAAGCAUAUUGAAGGUGUACCUCUACCAAGAGUUUGUUCCACUUCAAGAGAGAGAAGAGACAAGAGAGCCAAUUUCCAGUGAAAUGUUGAUCAUGUUUUUGCAGUAGGGAACAGCUGCAAAUUGCAGUGUAAAAAUAUAUUUUCUAAGGAAACUAUAUAUGCACUAAAGGUGAUUUGUGUUUAGGAUUUAUAUUUGUAUUUAUGUUCACAGUAUUUUACCAAAUUGUUUAUACCAAAUAUUGUUAAUGUUAUCAUAAUAAAAUAUUGAUAUUUUCCUUUCCUAUUUGGGGUCUGUAGAUGUGUACAGUAUUUGGAUAUAUGUGGACUUCAGACUUCAGACUUUCAUAUGGAAAUUUAUGAUUUCAAGACUUUCAUGUUGCAAUUUUGGUUCCUGAACUUCUAUAUCAUUUUUUGAGCAGUGAACAUAUUUUAAGGAAUAGUGAUUUUGUUAAGAAGAAACUAUUCUUCACUAUAUUGAUGUGAUUAAUUGUAAGUGUUUAUAGUUUACUGAUGUGGAAUGUUUCAGUCACAUUAAUGUUUGUUUUGUUGUGAUCAAUAGACUUAAAAGUCAAAACCUAUUAAUGGGGUUGUGUUUUGCUCAGGAAAUAUUAUUAUAUAUUUAUGGAGA